UUAUUCUGGUAACUCUCUCGCCAUAAACUGCAGCUACACUGCAGCCACACAAUACAAAAGCUCACGCGUCACCUUCUAAAUGCCAUAGUUGACUUUACAACCUGUAAAGUCUUCCUGUAAGUGACAUUAUUGUUAUAAAGAUUAAGAAAUCAUUGGUGAAUCUCUUACAAUCUUGUGCGCAGAGCAAGCAAAGCAAUGGGUAGCGUCUUGUCAAUCUCCUUAUCAUGCGAUGCGAUUGUUUCACGCUGCUGGGAUUCCGUUUUUGAAAGAGAACCGUAUGUACGUAAGCUCCAAGAAAACCUUCAAGCUCUCUCAACUUCUUUACAAGAACUCAAGUCUUUAAAGAAUGAUGUGCAGAGAGAGGUUGAGCUUGCAGAGCGACAGCCGCGAUUAAGGCGGUUAGAGCGGGUAAAUAACUGGAUUUUAAGCGUGGAGGCUCUUGAGACUGAAAUGAACGAAGUUAUUGAAAGCCAUAGCACUCAAGAAAUUGAGAAAUUAUGCUGCGGAGGUUACUGCCCCAAGAACUACAGAUCCAGCUACAAGUAUGGAAAAAAAGUUGCUAGAAAGUUGGUGGAAGUGGAGGCUUUGAAAAGCAAGGGAGUUUUUGAAGAGGUGGUAGCAGAAAGCUUACCUACAACUCUAGUCGAUGUGAGACCUAGUGAGCCAACAGUGGGCAUGGAGCUGAUUUUUAAUCAGGUUUGGAGACACAUUGAAGAUGAACAAGUGGGAAUGAUUGGCUUAUAUGGAAUGGGAGGGGUGGGGAAGACCACCCUCCUUACCCAGAUCCAUAACAACUUCAACCGCGCUCGUAAUGAUUUCAAUCUUGUGAUCUGGAUUGUGGUAUCCAAGGGCCACAAAAUUGAAGUUGUUCAAGAUAAGAUUGGUGAAAAGAUUGGGCUGCUUAGUGGUGUAUGGAAGCGUAAAGAGCAGCAUGAAAAAGCUGAAGACAUCUUUAGAAUCUUGAACACAAAGAAGUUUGUGUUACUUAUGGAUGAUUUAUGGGAGCCGGUUGAAUUAACCAAAGUAGGGGUUCCAGCUCCUGACAGUCGGAACAAGUUCAAGAUAGUUUUCACAACUCGCUCUGAGGAGGUAUGUGGUCAUAUGGAUGCCCAGAAGAAGAUUAAGGUGGGGUGUUUGACUUGGGACAAACAUGCUGAAAUUGUGGCGAAGGAGUGUGGUGGUUUGCCACUGGCACUCAUCACAGUAGGCAGGGUCAUGGCCUGCAAGAAAACACCCCAAGAGUGGAAGCAUGCAGUUCAAGUCCUGAGAAGACUUGCUUCCGGGUUUUCAGGAAUGGGAGAUAAGGUAUUCCCUCUUUUAAAAUUCAGUUACGAUAAUUUACCAAGUCAGAAAGUUAGAUCAUGUUUCUUAUACUGUGCUCUGUUUCCGGAAGAUUUUGUUAUACUUAAAGAUGACCUGGUAUAUUUUUGGAUGUGUGAGGAUAUAUUAGAUGAAUAUGGUAAUGUAGAGGAAGCCAAAAAUGAGAGCUACCAUAUCAUAGGAACUCUUCUUGCCUCAUGUUUGUUGGAAGAUGAAGGAGAUUCAGUAAAAAUGCAUGAUGUAAUUCGUGACAUGGCAUUGUGGUUAGCUUGUGACCUUGGGAAAGAAGGCGAGAGCAUCCUUGUGGAUACAGGUGCUUAUCAUGCACCAAAUGUUGCGAAAUGGAAGAACGUGAAAAGGGUUUCAUUGAUGGGUAGUAGUAUCAAAUCUCUAGAUGAAACACCAAGAUCUCCCAAUCUGUUGACCUUAUUUCUCAGAGGAACUUUUUUAGAGAGGAUUGUGAAUGACUUCUUUGAUUUCAUGCCUACGCUACGAGUUCUGGAUUUGUCUCAAAAUGUCUUUAUAACUCAACUGCCAACUAGAGUUGCAAAUCUAGUUUCAUUACAACAUCUGAAUUUGUCCUAUACAGGCAUAAAAUGGUUGCCAGUGGAGUUAGCAGCAUGUGCACGCCUAAAGUAUUUGAACUUAGAGCAUACACUUCUGCUUGAUUAUGUUCCACCAAAUGUAUUAUCAAAUUUCCCGCUGCUUAAAGUUUUGAGAAUACUAGAUUGUGGUUCUUCUAACCAAGUUUUUUUUUAUAAUGAAAAAACCAUGAUAGACGAACUGCAGGGUUUGAAACACCUUGACGUCUUGUCUUUGACAGUAGGAGAUACCUCUUGUUUCCUGAAUUUGGACAGCCACCACAUAUUAGUGACUUGCACUCUAACUUUAUGCCUCAAUGGCGAGGAUUACGUGAACCCUUCAAGCUAUUUUGAUUUAUCAGAUGUGGCGAUGGCAAAUAUGAAAUACCUUGAUACCCUUCAAAUUAAACAUAUGGUGGAUGUGUACUUUACGUGGAUAACAAGUCUGGAAAAUCCGGAUUGCUUCCUUGGUCUUCAGUUCAUAGUAGUAGUAAAUUGCACGAAUCUCAAGAACCUAGAAUGGCUCGUUUUUGCUCCAAAUCUCAUCCGCUUGCAUGUAUAUCGCUGCUGUAAAAUGACGAGAAUACUCGGUUUGAACACAACGAAAACUACCCCAUUUGCAAAACUCACUGUUUUGUGUUUGAGCAGACUACCCCACUUGUGGAGAAUAUGUGAAAAUCCCUUGCCCGUUCCAUUUCUGAAGAAAAUCCUUAUAUAUGGAUGUCCAGUGCUCACUAGGCUGCCUCUCAACUCUAGCAGUGCUCAAACAAGUAAUCUCAUUAUUGAAGGAGAGGAAAAGUGGUGGAAUAGCUUAGAGUGGGAGGACCAAGCGGCUCAAAAUGCUUUUCUUCCCUGCUUCAGACCUGUAUAAGUGAGGAGGGGCUUCCCUGAUAUGUCCGUUCACCAGUUUAAUUGGAUACAUCUUUUUAUUCCAAUAGCAUGCAUUUAAGGCAAUGUAUUAUAGUCCGGCUCUGUACAUGAUGUCUGAACUUUAAUAAUUACAUGAUUGUCAAUAUGUUAUCGCUAAUGUAUUGAUAUUAUUAUCGCCAACAAAUCGUUCCGACAUG